AGAAGAAGAAGAAGAAGAAGGAAUUUUUCUUUUUGGUGAGUUUUCGAUUUUAUUUUUGCAGGAAAAGAAGGAAUUGGAGAAAAAAUAGGGUAUCCUUGUAUAGAAUGCAUGGAAAUUCCAAGAUUUUGAGAGCUGGAUACCGAAUGAAAAUGGAUAUAUGGAGCUUGAACAAGAAAGCUCCAAGCUGCCCGGCGCUUUAUCCGCCACGGCCUCAAGAAAUCUCUCGUCGUCUUCUUCGGCAUUUGUAUCUGCAAGUCAGUCUCCGUUCUUCUCUCCACGCUCUCCCCAGUUCAAUGUAUCUGAGAUAAUCCGAUCAGACGAUGCAAACUCUUCAACCUGCAAUGUUACAAGUGGUGAUCCUCUUAGUUCCAGUGCUUUAAUCCGACGAUUGGAAUCUUCGUCCAAUGCCAAAUUUCUGGCAUCUGAUUCCCCUUGUAAUCCAAUUUGCGAUGCCGAUGUUUGUAGUGGUCAAGGAACAAGUAAUGCUGAUACGAGGCGACGAGAGAAACAGAAGAAAAUUUUGAGAAGUCCCGGGAAGUGUUCACUUGCUCCGUCUUCAACAUCGGUUUCUUCAACUAGCAGGAUAAGGAGUUGUGAUGUGUACAUAGGCUUUCAUGGCCGGAAACCAUCUUUGCUUCGAUUUGUUAAAUGGCUUCGCGCGGAGUUGGAAAUGCAAGGGAUUUGCUGUUUUGCAUCGGAUACAGCUCGAUGCAGGAAUUCCCGGAGCCAUGAUGCUGUGGAAAGGAUGAUGAAUUCGGCUUCGUUUGGAGUUGUGAUUCUUACAAAGAAGUCGUUUGGGAAUCCUUACAGCAUUGAGGAACUCAGGAACUUCUUGGGCAGGAAGACUUUGGUUCCUAUAUUUUUUGAUUUGAGUUUUGUCGAUUGUCUCGCCAGAGAUAUAAUUGAGCGGAGGGGAGAAUUGUGGGAGAGGCAUGGUGGUGAAUUGUGGAUGCUUUAUGGUGGAGUAGAGAAGGAAUGGCGAGACGCUGUGGAAGGGCUUUCGAGAGUGAUAGACUUGCAGUUGGAGGCGAAUGAUGGUAAUUUGAGGGAAUGUAUAUUCAAAACGGUGACACUUUUGGCUACAAGAAUGGGACGGCGAAACAUGGUUGAUCAGGUGAACAGGUGGAGGGAGCAGUCGGAAAAGGAGGAGUUUCCUUUUCCUCGAAAUGAAGAAUUUGUCGGACGGAUAAAAGAACUCUCUGAGCUUGAGCUUAUUCUGUUUGGAGAUGUCAGUGGUGAUGCUGAAAGAGAAUACUUUGAACUCAAAACAAAGCAUAAGCGAAAGAGUUUGAAGAUUGGGAAGGCUGAGCACCGGCGAGAAGAAGAAAGUACUAAAGAUCAGCAGUCCGAGAGCAGUAACAAAGGGAAAGAUCCGAUCAUUUGGAUGAAGUCUGACAAGGAAAUUGAGAUGCAGAGAGUGGUUGGUGGCACUCCGCAGAGGAGUUUCCGAACUUUUAGAACGAAAAGUGGAGGGAAAUAUAGAAGGAAAAGAUCGGUGAAAAUCUUGUAUGGGAAAGGCAUUGCUUGUGUUUCGGGAGACUCGGGGAUUGGAAAGACUGAAUUGGUUUUGGAAUAUGCUUACCGGUUCUCACAAAGGUACAAGAUGGUUCUUUGGGUCGGUGGCGAAACAAGAUACAUUAGGCAGAGCUAUUUGAAUCUUCGUACUUUUUUGGAAGUCGAUUUGAGCACUGAAAAUCACUCUCUUGAAAAAGGGAAAGGGAAGUGUUUCGAAGAGCAAGAAGAGGAUGCCAUUGCCAAAGUACGGAAGGAGCUCAUGCGCGACAUUCCUUUCUUAGUUGUGAUCGAUAAUUUGGAGAAUGAGAAGGACUGGUGGGAUCAAAAGGUUGUGAUGGAUCUUCUCCCUCGAUUCGGUGGUGAGACUCACUUCAUAAUUACAACUCGCCUUCCUAAGAUAAUGAACUUGGAGCCAAUGAAACUUUCAUACUUAUCGGGUAUGGAGGCGAUGACUCUGAUGAAGGGAAGUGUCAAGGACUACCCAAUUAUGGAAAUUGAUGCUCUCCGUGUGAUCGAAGAGAAACUCGGCAGGCUUACACUUGGUCUUGGAAUUGUUGGAGCGAUACUUUCCGAGCUCCCGAUCACUCCAAGCAGACUCCUCGACACUAUAAACAAAAUGCCAGUCAGAGAUUUGGUGUGGUCUGAUCGACAAUCUGUAAUUCUCAGACGCCCGCCUUUUCUCAUGCAACUUAUCGAUGUUUGUCUUUCGAUAUUUGAUCAUGCAGAUGGGCCGCGGAGCUUAGCGAGCAGAAUGGUUCAGGUGAGCGGUUGGUUUGCUCCAGCCGCUAUUCCAAUCCCGCUUUUAGCAAUGGCCGCACACAAAGUUCCCGGGAAGCAUCAUGGCGCUCGAGUCUGGAAAAAAUUCCUCCGAGCAAUAACUUGCAGCUUCACAUCAUCUCGAAUCAAAAGGUCAGAAUUCGAAGCAUCUUCAAUGCUGACAAGAUUUGGCAUUGCAAAAACCUGCACCAAACCUGACAGCGUCCAAUUUCACGAGAUCAUAAAGCUGUAUGCUCGGAAAAGAGGAUCAAUUCGAGUAGCUCAAGCCGUCGUUCAAGCAAUUUGCCUCAGAAGCUCACUAUCUCUAUGUUUCGAACACCAAUGGGCAGCAUGCUUCAUGCUCUUCGGUUUCAGUACCGAUCCGGCGAUCGUGCAGUUAAAACCAUCAGAAUUGUUGUUCUUUGUCAAGCGUGUCGCUCUACCUCUCGCCAUUCACACAUUCAUCACAUUCUCUCGUUGCGCUGCCGCAUUAGAAUUACUUCGUCUUUCCACCGAUGCUUUAGAAAAUGCCGCAGAAGCCAUGGUCACACAAGCAGUAAAAUGGCUUAAACGAUCUUAUUGCUUUACCGGACCGAUACAUUCCGAUGUUCGAUACACAUAUCUUUGGCAAGAAUUGGCACUGUUGAAAGCUACAUUACUAGAAACAAGAGCGAAACUAAUGCUUCGAGGCGGGCAAUACAGCAUCGGCGAAGACCUUAUUCAGAAUGCAAUAUUUAUCAGAUCAUCGAUACACGGCGACCAUCAUCCUGACACGAUAUCGGCUCGCGAAACUCUUAGUAAACUCACUCGUCUUCUCACAAACUUUCAAGUUACUUGACUCUUUUUGUAAAAUUUUCCUUCAUAGUUAGCAAUGUAUUCUUUGAUUCAGUUUCUCUUCAAAUAAUAGCAAAGUUUUCAGAAACAUUUUUGUUUCAUCUCUUUAAUUGAAA